ACACCAUGCCCCAGGAAGUGUGAUCCCUUCCCCGUUUCUACCAUGGAAGACUCAGGAAAGACUUUUGGCUCCGAGGAGGAAGAAGCGAGCUACUGGAAAGACCUGGCAAUGACCUACAAGCAGAGGGCAGAGAAUACGCAGGAGGAACUUCGAGAAUUCCAAGAGGGAAGCCGAGAAUAUGAAGCUGAGUUGGAGACACAGCUGCAACAGAUCGAGUCCAGGAACCGGGACCUGUUGUCAGAGAACAACCGCCUGCGCUUGGAGCUGGAGACGGUCAAGGAGAAGUUUGAGCUGCAGCACUCUGAGGGCUACCGGCAGAUCUCCGCCUUGGAGGGCGACCUGGCGCAGACCAGAGCCGUUAGAGAUCAGCUGCAGAAGUACAUCCGGGAGCUGGAGCAGGUCAACGACGACCUGGAGAGAGCAAAGCGAGCCACCAUCAUGUCCCUGGAAGACUUUGAGCAGCGCCUGAAUCAAGCUAUUGAAAGAAACGCCUUCCUGGAAAGUGAACUUGAUGAGAAGGAGAACCUUCUAGAGUCCGUCCAGCGGCUGAAGGACGAAGCCAGAGAUUUGCGGCAGGAGCUGGCUGUGCAGCAGAAGCAGGAGAAGCCCAGGACGCCCAUGCCCAGCUCGGCCGAAGCUGAGAGGACGGACACAGCCGUGCAGGCCACGGGCUCCGUGCCGUCCACGCCCAUAGCACAUCGAGGACCCAGCUCCGGCCUAAACACACCGGGGACGUUCAAACGUGGUCUGGAUAACUCCAACAGUGGGACCCCCCUCACACCUGCAGCCCGGAUUUCAGCCCUCAACAUCGUGGGGGACCUGCUUCGGAAAGUAGGGGCACUGGAGUCCAAACUCGCCUCCUGCCGGAACUUCGUGUAUGACCAGUCCCCAAACCGGACAGGCGGCCCUGCCUCAGGGCGGGGGAGCAAGAACAGAGACGGCGGGGACAGACGGACCAGCAGCAGCGGCGGACCUCUGAGUGAUAAAGGGUUGGGAAAACGCCUGGACCUCGGGAAGCCGCCCUCACGGUCCUCCUCGCCGCCGCCGCCCGCCCCGGGGGUGGUCAAGCUGUUGUUCUAGGAGCCCAGAGCUGGAGCCCGCCGGAGGGUUGGACACCAGCUGCCGCUGGUUGUCCAAGUCCACCACCAGGUCGUCCAGCUCCUGCUGAAGCCUGCUCCGGGUCUUCUCCAGUUUGUCGUGAGCGGCCGCCUUCUCCUCGUACUGCUGCGUGAGGCCCUCGAGCUCCUUCUGGAGCCGCCUCUUCCCCUCCUCCAUGGCCUCCACGGUGCUGGCGAAGUCCUGGAGCUUCUUCUUGGAGUCGGAAAGCUGCAACGGCAGUGCCCGGCUGGGGUGAGAGGGCAGCGGCCCUGAGGAGUGGGCCGCGCCAGGCUCAGCCAGGGAGGAACCCGGGCGCCCACCUGGAUGUUCAGGGUGGAGAUGUGGCGCUCCAGGUUCUGCUUGGCCUCCGUCUCCUCGUCCAGCUGGUCUUGGAGGCUGUCCCUCUCGCCCUCCAGCUGGCGCAGCUUGGUGGACACGCUGAGCUUCUGCCGGGUCUCCUCCUGAAGCAGCUCCUACGGAAAGCACGCACGGAGGUCCAAGGACCCACCCAGGAGGGCCACACCCCUGUCCCCCUGGGCGAUGCAGCCGGGCACUCACCUGGGUGUCCUGGAGCUGGGACCCCAGGGAUGCCACGUCCUUGGCUAGCUUGAUGGCCUUGCCCUCUGCCUCAUUGAGCAUGCUCGUGACACUCUCCACCUCAUUCUGCGGGUGGCAGGAGACUGGUUAGUGGGGACCUCACAGGAUGCGACCGACUCAUGGCGUCCACUGACUGAGAGAAGAUCUGCAGGGUCUGGGUGACUCUGUCCCUGUCCCUAGACUGAGGUUCUAGACUCUGUUGGAGCCCUAACCUCCUGACUGGGCCCUGGUCCCCAAGUGGAUGCUGAAUCCCUGCCCACGGGUCCGGGGCUGAGAGGUGCUCCCUAGAGCUGGGAAGGAGACUGCGGAGGACACGUGACCGUCCCCACCCUCUCCUCCUGUUAGCUCUUUUAGCUACAACCAAAGACACAGACCCUGAAGGUGAAGGGCCUGCCGUCCCUGAGCAGGUCCUCUGGAGGUGUCCGCCUGCCUCUUCCCGUUUACAGUGAGGCUAUGACUGACCUUGACGCUGAUCUUCCAGGACCUCGCUGUAUUAGGAUAUCAAGAGCCCUGCUCUCCAAUGCAGGUGGGGAAAGAAACCAGUGCUGCCCUGGCCCAGGCCUUAGUACAUUAAAUAUCCAUCUAGUUUCUCGCCAGUCCCAUGAAUGGAAAUCCAGGCAAUGUGUGUCUUCAAAGCUAAUUAAAACCAAAGACAGGCCGA